GAAGCGGACGCAAGAGUGAUAACGGGUACCCGCCAGCCUCCUCUCGUGACAACCAUGAAGACUACUCAAGAAGCAAGUGUUCACGGCAAGAGUCGAGAAGAAGCUGUGGGGCACACCGUGGUGGCGACACCAGACAACAAAGUGUUGCAACAAAGUCUGGCCCCGCAGUCACAGACAGUUUCACGGCGCGUGGAGGACAGCGGGGCUGCCAGAGCGCAAGACAAAGGCCCCGAGACGACGACGACGGACCGAAAGCAACGGGGGAGGGGCGACGAGGUGAGUCAAGGGUCCAGGGACCCUGCGACGCUGCACAACGCGCCCACUGGUGGUAACAGCUUCGACAAGGGGGCGCUCACAGUCGGCGGACGAGGCAAGGGGGCGAACGAGGCGGGUGGCUCGAGUGGCUCAACGGGCGAGCAGCAGAACGGCAAGACUGUUACUUUGCGGGCCAGACAGCAGACAGGUCACAAGAAAGGAGAACCUGUCACCUUCGACGUCAGAACAGUCCGACAGCAGCAAGACGAGGCGAGCGACGCUGCGACAGAUCUUGUAACUUUUCCCAGGCAGACUUCAACCACCACCGCGGGAGGUGUUCAUAGAAGAUCACAAGGCAACGUACCGCAGGCUGUGGGUUCUUUAGCGGGGCAAGUCAGCGACAGCGCUUCCUUUGCAGGAAGCAAAAAGACAGGUUAUAAGAAAAGCAGCGUGCACGAUGCAUCUAAGAGUGUCAAGGGGUCUGUAGGCGAUGCUAGCAGCAUGUCGGCUGAAGAAUGGCGCGCAAGGGAGAGUAAUGUGCCCGCGGGGAGACAACCAGAAAACGUGGCCAACUCCUCCGCCAGGAACCCAGAGACGGUCUUGGGUGCCGAGGCCAGAGAUCUGGGCGCAGACAACAGCGCUGUGGAUGACUUCAACUCGAGGGACGUGGACCUAGAAGAAGAUGAGUCCAGCAAGAAAUUUAGCAAAAAGACUUCAAACAAGGGAAGCAACUUUGGGAGCUCGACAACCCUUUCUUCAGCUACAGAGGUAUCUGAUGACAGCGAUGAGGUGUUUCAUGUUGUGCUCAGAGUCCGGCCACUCAGCUCGCAAGAAAAACAGAGGCGCGACAUAUUUGCAGUUACCUUUCCUGGUGAUGGAAAGUGUGCAGUGGACAACAGCGGGUCGUCACGUAACUUCCAGUUCAAUGUCGUCUUUGAGCCUGACGCCUCCCAGGAGGUCGUGUUUGAGAACUCCGGCAUCAAACGCCUCGUGGACAACGCUGUUGCUGGUUACAACUGUACAGCUUUUGCCUUUGGUCAGACGGGGUCUGGGAAGACGCACACUAUGACCGGUCCACCUGCUCAGUAUCAUCAGCCAGGCCUGACACCUGACCCACAGAUGUACGGCAUUAUCCAGAGGUCCUUCAAGUACAUGUACAAACAGAUCAAACAGCAGGGAGGCGGCAAGAUUAUCAGAGCCUCCUACCUGGAGGUCUACAAUGAACAGGUGAUUGACCUCCUCAACAACAGCCACAAGCGUUACCUGUCAGUGCGGUGGUCCAAGAACAAAGGGUUCUACGUGGAGAACCUCUUCACCGUGGAAUGUGAGACGCUAGAUGACCUCAUGGCUGUACUAGAAGAAGGCCUGAAAAACCGCCAGACAGGCUCUCACGGGCUGAACGAGUUCUCGAGCCGCAGCCACAGCGUUCUGACCGUCACCAUCGACUCGGAGACGCAGCCAGACACAGAGGACGAGAGUCUGUACGUCACCAAGCGCGGCAAGCUGUCAUUUGUGGACCUGGCAGGCAGCGAAAAGGUGAAGGACGCCAGCGGAUCAUUUGGAGGACCAGGGAUGCUGGAGUCCAACUCUAUCAACAAGAGUCUGCUGGUGCUGGGUAACUGCAUUUCCCACCUGGGAGACGCCAAACGUCGGCAAGGUCACAUCCCGUAUCGAGACAGCAAGCUGACAAAGCUACUGUCAGACAGCCUGGGAGGACAUGGCAUCACUUUAAUGAUUGCUUGUAUAACGCCUUCCUCUGCCAACAUCACUGAGACGAUGAACACCCUCCGCUACGCAAGCCGCGCCAAGAAAAUCAAGACAAAGCCCACCGUUAAGAUGGACCCUCGUGAGAAACUCAUUAUGAGUCUGAAGCGAGAGAUCAAGAUUCUGAGGAAUGAGAACCAUUACCUGAGGCAACAGUUGGACUUUCCAGCCAAACCCAAGGGCCAGCUACAGAAGGAAAACGAUGAGAAGUUCAUGAAGUUUAUGAAGGAACAGAAAGAAAAAGAAACUGGACUCUACGAGAUGCUACAAGAAUAUAUGGUGGAAAACGAAAACCUCAGGUCCGAGAACUCGGAAAUGCACUCCACGCGUGACCGCAUACGGCGCGAACAGCAGCUGCUGUACCGGGAAAAUGAAAAACUCAUGAAACGCGUGGAGGAACUGGAGAGAGUUGUAUCUCAAAAUCCAUCAUUCUGGGCAAUGGCACAGCACCCUGAACGAACAGAUGGCUAUGGUCAGUUUGACCUAGCCUCCCCUCGGAGUUCGCCAGUUGCCCCUGGCUUCCAAAGUGGGCUGGCGCAGAAAGGGUACACUGGACAGGCAUCGCCGCCUGGAAGUCGAGGAAAAGGAAACCACCCAGGACCGAUGAGGCCCCCUCACCGUCUUUCUGAUUCUGUCGUGAGACCGGCUCAGCGACCAGCCGAGGUCUUGGAGAACGGGGCCGUGUAUGUCAACAACGGGUUUGCCACCCAACGUCCUGCACCAAGACAGACCUCACCUGUACGGAACAUCGAAAGACGGGCCUCGCAGAUGUCUAAUACAGAUGCUGUUUACAGCAUGAAUGAACAGCUAAAGAGGGAGGUCGCACAACUGGAAGGGGAAAUAAGGCACCAACAAUACGUCCAUGAACGCACGCAAGACGUGAACCGCAAUUCCUACGGCAACCCCGUCAGGUGACCCCCCCAACUCCCCAAGAAGGGACGUUUGACGCGGACGAUUUACUCGACUUCUUCCUCGAAAAAAAAAUGUUUAAAAAAAAACUUUUCAGAAAUACAAUGAAAAGCAGUGCUAACGGUAUUCCUUCCACCGCCACUGGAAAGCAUCAACCUGGCACAAGCGACAAGGAAUGUGUGGGGAAGGGGGGUCUGUGAGGUAUUAUUGAUGUAAGAGAAAGUUUUUGUUUAAAAAUUGUUAUAACCUCAAAUUUUGAGUUGUGGUAUUUUUGGUGUACAUAUAUUAAAACUCCUACUUGUUACCAAGAACUGACUUGUCUAUUAUAUAUUAGAUUCACCUGUGAACUCAGAACUACCAUAAAAAGGACUUUCAUUUGUCAUGUCUUAAACAUUCCAGGAGGAAAUAAUCUUUGUAUUUUACAUUAUAUCCAUACAUAUUAAUGAGAAUCAUAAGUGAACAUUCUGUUACUAAUACUUAUGCCCAUGUAUGCACGUCCAUCCUCUCGCUUAAGGGUAAGACAAAAAGUUUGGUUUACAGAACUCAUUUUGUUUUAGAAACAUCCAAGCAUCCAGAAAAAUGCUUUUAACAACUGGAAUUUAUGUGCAAUAUUUAUACAGCCUCUUCAAGUCACAGGUUUUAUAUUAUGAUAAUAUUUUAAAUUUAAUACAACCCUCAACUUCUAUGGUGUAAUGAUAAACUAUAUUGACUGUGUACUUGGCAAGCCAAACAACUUCCACACAAGAAUACACAAUCUCUUGUGCAUGUUCAAAAAAAAAAAAAA